AUGUUUUCAGAUUCAUCAUCGUCCGAUGACUAUCCCGUGGCAUCACACCAGACAGAUGCAUCACUCCAAUCAUCAGCAUCUUCGCCAGAACAAGUGUCCGCUCUAAAGCACUAUCGGGAGUUGCACCGUGUCCUGGCACGUAUUCUCUGGCGAAGCCUAAGCAUUGCUGAAAAUCGGUCCUUGAAUGAGGACGAUCAUGUGCGAAUUCAUUUGGUUGCUUCACUCAGUGUCGAUGAUAUUCGCACAUUGAGUGCCUAUUGUAACCUGAAUCAGACAAUAUCGAAACACGUAUCAGCCGAUUCUGUUAACGCUCUAUUUUCCCGGUUGUUCGAAUCCGUCGCAAUCCUGUCUGACGAGGCGCCCUUUCUUCAAACCUCGAAUUUUGGUUAUCUCUUCUGUGGUUUGGGUCUUCUUGUUGUGCUUCUUGUCGCUCGUUUGAUUGGCGUCAGGAAAAUUCUCCUUAUAUCCGUUCCCUCGCUAUUUAUCACCGCCGUAGUUUUACAAGCUCUCUAUCGAAAGUACAAUGAGCGUUUGGCAGAGAAGAUGUCACAUAUGUCUCGUUAUAAUGAACCACCUGAACAGUGUAAACCGGCCCACCUUCAAUCUUGGUCUACUUGGUUGUCAGGUCUGAUUCGCGCAAAUCCUUCGCAUGAUGUUUGUGCCCAAUACUAUGAACAGGUCCUGACGGACCCCUGGAUUGCGACCAGUCUGUAUGAAAUCUUCUUGGAACUGGUAUUCGAACCACUGGUUACACUAUCCCGCCUAUCCGGUCGUGCCUGUGGACAGUUCUAUCAUCAGUUGAGUGUUUAUUUUCCGUCUUAUUUUGCCUUGCCGAUAACAGUAGUGAUGUCCUUAUGUGCAUUUUUUAUUGUUCUUCGAUGUAUUUGGUCGCCCGUAGCUUCUGGUCGCCCUGCAAAUCAAAAACGUCGUUCCAAACCUCAUUUAUUGAAACAAAAGCAUGUGGCUGCAUUGUGUGAGCCCAAGAAGCAGUAG